AUGUCUGCUGCAGAUAAAAUUCAGCAAGCUAUUGACGAAUUUCUAAAAGCUGGAUUUGAUCAGGAAGAAGAAGAUAUGUUCACCGAUGUUGCUGUUCUUAAUUCUAAUGAUCCUGAACCUAAAAAAAUUGCUGCAGGCAAAAUCAGAAUUUUAAAGAAUAAGAAAACAGGAAGAACACGUCUUUUAAUGCGUGAUCAUCCAGCACAACAAGUUCUCCUUAAUCAUUACAUUAUGCCAGGAAUGGAUAUUGAAGAUGACGCAGACUUCCUUCGCUGGUCAGCUACAGAUUAUGCUACAAAUCCAAAGGGUGAGGAUAAGCAUAUUGUUAUCAGUUUCCCUCCAGUUCGUAUGGAUUCAGGUUCCAAAUUUGUUCAGGAAUUCAAAAAGGCCAAAGAGAGAAAUGCAUCUCUCCUUAAGUAA